GCGAUUUUCGGUUGUGCUUCCCUGGGAAAUUCGAAAUGGGCCUAGGGCCUAGGAAGGGAGCGGCCAAGCAGGUCGAUGGGGCCAGGCCAGUGCAAGACGGUGCGUCUCUCGGAAAGGUGCAGGCCGAGCAGGGCGACGCUGGCCGGUCUCACGGGAGAGAGAGAGUCGAGAGACAAAGCGGAGAGGAGGCAACAGGGCGGGUAGGAGGAGCGGGAGGAGGUACGGGAGGAGGAGGUGAAGCGGGAGAAGGAGAGGGAGGAGGAGCAGGAAGAGCAGGAGGAGCAGCAGGAGGGGGAGCGGGAGAAGGAGAGGGAGGAGGAGUGGGAGGAGGAGCGGGAGCCGGAGGAGGAGGGGGAGCCGGAGGAGGAGCGGGAGGAGCAGGAGGAGGAACGGGAGGAGCGGGAGGAGGACAAAGUUAGUGUGGACUUUACUGGAAAGAACAGAAAGAGAAAGCGGACCGGUUACGGUUAUCGGAACUGGAGGGGAGAACGGUGGAGCCGAGAGAGCGGUCUUCUUCGCCACGACGUAAUCGAUGGGAACCACCACGAAGAUCGCCAUCAGCGGACAAAUACGAAUCCAAGUACGGAGCACCUAAAGAUACAACCGGCGAAUUCGUGGCUAUGCUCCUGGCUAAGGAGACCGCUACGGAACAGAAACGCAAAGAGAAGGAAGAACGGAAUAAAUUACGAAAGGAAGCUCUGGAGAGAGAGGAGAAAGAGAAACGCAGGAGAGAGAAGAAAGAACGUGAGAAGCACGAGAACGAUCUAAGAGUGGCGAGAAUCAUCGACAUGCAGCUGUCACGAAGAUGGGGACCCUCAGCACAAGUCCGAGACACGGAAAACAAGCACGAGCGACACCGACAUAAGCGGACCCUUCAAUGGAAGUUGAGACAACCGGCGCCGAAGGACCCGGAUACGGACGAAGACUUGGCGGCUAUUCAAGCCGGAACGGAGAACUUGACCUUAAGUUCUUCAUCUUCUUCUGAAGACGAGAUGGAGUCACCUGCUAUCACUCCACUUACCUGUACGACACGAAGAAUGUACGGUUCGGCAAGCGGGAGAAAUUCGCGCCUCCCAAUUGUUCCUCGUAACAUCACUAAGGAGAUUGUCCCGGAGGCCGGCCCAGAUGCUCACGAUCGCUUCAUACGGAAUUGUAAGGAGCUGCUCGAGAAUUUGGACUAUAAAGAAGUGAAAGUGAUCUGCAAGCGAGAGCAAGUUCCUUACAUCCGUAAACAACAAGCGAUUGCAGAUCUUGCCGAACGGCGGGCGGCUAAAGCCUUUGGACACUGGAAGGCUGCACCCGCUCCUCCACCAUGUGCAAUGACCACAAGUAGUCCCGAUGCAGCUACUUCUUCAUCCAACGAAGAAAGCGAUAACGUGGACUGAAGAGCUUGGCCUAUUAAGCGCCUCUGGGGGAUAUGUCGAACGCUGAUCAGCAAGCGUAAGGAAUGUGUGGGAGUAAUUCUGAUGUCGAAGCUAGCUUGCGGUGGGUAAUUUUUGCUCUAACUAAACGUGGUUGUAUACCUGGGGGAAAUAAAUUUCUCGUCGAUUGGGAUGAUUGGUGCCUGAAUCACGAAGAUGGGUUCGACUCAGCUGAGUGUUGUGUGUAUGUGGGUAUUUCACCAUACAGUAAAUCAAUGUAUAUUGGUAAG